AUGCCUUUCCCUCUGAGGACCGUGGCGCCCCUCAAGCUCUGCCGCUUGGAAGAGGGCGCCGCCGCCGCCGCCGCCGUUCAGAGGGACAAAGACGGGCACGCCAGGCGGAGCGGCGCGGGGCUUCGCCUCUUCGGCUCUUUGGAAGAAGUCUGCUCCCGCUCGCUGGUCUCCCUCGUCUGGCAGCUCUCUGACCUCUCCCGCUGGGCCAGCGACAUCUUCAGCGGGAUCCAGAGCGAAGCCGACAGCCUCGGGCGCCGGAGCGUCCGGCUCCGGGGCCGCCUGGAGUCCCUCAAAGCUCUCGCCGGUGGCUUGGAUCACCGCAAAGUCAAAGUCCCUGUCUCCAAUCUAGAUGAAGAGAGUAGAUGGACAGUUCAUUAUACUGCGCCCUGGCAUCAGCAGGAGAAUGUCUUCUUACCAUCCACCAGGCCGCCCUGCGUAGAGGAGCUGCAUCGUCAAGCCAAAUUGAAUCUGAAGUCCGUAUUGAGAGAAUGUGACAAACUUCGGAGAGAUGGCUGUAGAAGUUCUCAAUACUAUUCUCAGGGUCCAACAUUUUCAUCUUCAUCCCCCACAAUCUAUGGAAGUUACCAAGAUGAUUAUGAAGAAAUUGAACAGAAGCAUUCGACUCCUUCUCCCGAAGAGGAGAAGCUCAUUCCUGUCAAAAGACCCAAAACGCCAGCUCCUGAAUUGUCUGACAUCAACACUCAGACAAAUUGGACCAAAUCACUUCCAUUGCCAACUCCAGAGGAGAAGAUGCGACAACAGGCUCAAGCAGUCCCAACUGAUGUUAUCCCGAUUAAUGUAACAGGGGAGAAUUUUGACCGCCAAGCCAGCAUACGGAGGUCUUUGGUUUACACAGACAUUGUGGUAAGGCGGCCGAAGAAAAUGAAAAGGAGAAAGACUAUUACAGGAAUCCCUGACAACAUCCAAAGAGAGCUAGCUGUUGGCAAUGGCAAAUGUGACAUCCGUGGCCAUUCAUUAUGUGUCCCUGAUCAUUAUUCUACACUAGGAAGACUUGAGGGCUAUCAGUCUUCUAUGCAGCAGUGUGGCACCAAAGACUCCAGCUGUCAGACAGAAGAAGUUAAAGUGGUGCCACCCUCAGUUAGGCGAAUACGUGCACAGAAAGGUCAAGGAAUUGCAGCCCAGAUGUCACAGUUUUCCAGUUCUUCUGGAAACAUGUCUGUGAUGAGUGAUUCUGCUGGAGUCAUGUCUACUUCUCGCCUAAAUAAUGACCUGGGCUUUCACAGUCUACCUCGAUCUGGAGCAAGAGUGUCCCUACAGUUACUUGAACGUAGGCAUAGCCUCUCCAAGUCAACAGAAAGUGGACCUUUGUUACAUCAUGUAGGUGUGUGGCAAGGAAAUGAAAGAAUAGAUGAUAUGAGAAAUGGCUGUAGGAUAGAUGGGCUACAGAGGCCAAAAUCUCAAGAAUUAAACUCAGAGAAUGGAAAAACAGAAAGUACAGCAUGUAUGAUCUCUCCACAUGUUGCAUAUUCUACCAUCAUCACACCAAAUGCUUCCCUAUCAUCCUCUUCAGAUGUUAUGAAUAACAAUCCAGCAGAGAGUUCCGAGACACUAGAUAAGAAAAUGAUGAACUCUUUGUAUCUAAAGCCUAGAGACAAUCUUGUCGGCAAUGGUAUAAUAAAUGCAAAAGAGCAACGUCGUUCUUCUAAUGGCACCUGGAGUGACACCAGCUCAACACAUCACUCACAUUCCUCAGACACCACUAUCUCAUCCAAUGGUGUAAUGGUGUUUGUAUCCUUUUGUGAUACAGGAACUACAGAAAGUGUCCCCCAAAGUGUGACCUAUAAUUUUAGUAAUGAUCACCGUUUUUCAAACCAUUCUCACAACAUCAACGGUAGAAGUGAAUCAAGUUACACUGUGAACAACAUACAGGACAAAGUUAAACAAAACGCAAAGCAAUGUGGAUUCAAACCUUCUGGAAAUGACACCACUUUACACAUGUCAAAACGUGCCAUUCCAGGUUGCUCCAGCCCUGACUCCCUUGAAAGAGUCUUAGCCAAAGAAGACUCACACUCUUUAUAUUCUGUGGACAAUGAUAUCUGUAACCCUUCUAUGCAUGUGGAUUCAGAUGUCCAGUCUGUUAAAAGCUGCAGUGAAAAUGGUUUUGGAAACCCCAGGCAUAGUGUCAUCAAUGUGUUUGCUAGAACCGAGAAGAAAUCUAUGGAAGAUUUUGCAAGUUCCAAUGACAAGUCACUCACACGUAGCAUUUCCUUUAAAAAGGCAAAAAAACCACCUCUCCCACCAUCCAGAACAGAUUCUCUUAGGAGAAUCCCCAAGAAUAAACCUCAGUCUAGUGGACAAGUACUGGACGAUAAGUUGAUAGCUAGCCUUCAACAUUCCUUGCAACUGAACCUCCAGUGCAAAAAUGGCAGCUCACCAUCACAAAGUCCCUGCAGUGAUUAUGAUGAUCCUUGGAUGCUGCGGUCUCGUAGCCAGAGCACUGUGAGUGCCAGUAGCAGCAUGAUGUCUGCUACAGGACUGAACAUGUAUUCCAUCUGUGCAGUCACACCAGCCCAGAGUGACACAAGUAGCAUCAAAUCAGAAUACACUGACCAGUGGUGUUACUACAGUGAUUAUCCUGGGACUCCAGAUGAUCAUUUAAAAUCUGCAGCAAUUCGUUCCUCUAAUACUUUACCAAAGCUAAUUGAUUAUAAUGUUAGUCACCUUAGUAAUGAGUCAAGGGCUUCUAUACCGCAAGUGCCCUCUGGAGUGGCCAAAACAAAAGCUAUUUCUCCAGAAAAAUCACAGAGAGUUACAUCGCCGUCUAGUGGGUAUUCCAGCCAAUCCAACACACCCACAGCACUUACACCAGUGCCUGUCGUCCUAAAGUCUAUGUCAACAGGAAAUGCUAAGUCCAAGAUGAAGCCUAGAGUGCCUGAAAGAAAAUCAAGUCUACUGUCUUCAGUUUCAGUGUCUUCCUCUUCCACAUCUCUCUCAUCAAAUACAUCUGCUGAAGGGACCAUGAAGAAACCUGAUCCUACCCUGAGCUUCCCUCCGGUUACAUCAUCUUCACUAGUAUCUUCAGAUUCCAAUGAUCCUCCUCUUCCUCCCCCACCCCCUCUCCUAGCAGAUGUUACUGAUGUUCCUCAGCCACCUGAAUCACCAAGUUUUCCACCUCCUCCCCCAGAUGUUGUCACAAAUGCCUCUUUUCCUCAAAGUAUUGGAUGGUUCAAUAAUCAAGAUAUUUCAAACCAUUCUUCUCAUUCAUUGCUUCCUGAUUCUUCUCAGCACCCCCCAUCCACUUUUCCAACUUCAGUUCCUCCACCAGCCCCACCCUUGGAUCCCAAAUUCAUGAGAGAUGGCCAUAAAUCUGUACCGUACUCUUUCAAGAAAUGUAAUCUGGAAGCUUCUUGCAACAAUGGAAAACGGCCCUUAAAUAAGGAUGCUCUCCCAAGGCCUGCAAUGCCACUAAUAACUACUGAAGCUCUCCAGAGGGUACAGCUGAGGUCAGUGAAGAAAGCUAUGACAUCAGAGGUAGAGCAGUCAGCUGAGUCUGCUUCCAAAGCAAGUCCUCAGGAGAAAAACCAGGAUUCUUUUUCUGCUGAGUUGCCUUUCAGAUCACAUUUGUCAGGAGGAUACAGUGACAUGCUGGGUGCAGUUGGGGAUGAAGCCCAGAGAUCACCUGUUUGUAGCCCAAACAGCAGAAGGUCUGAGCCUACCAGUGCUAAAAUGCCUAGAAAUGCAAUAAGCACAAUUAUUAACUCAUUUGCCAGAGAAUCACAACCAGACAAAGCUGAAGAAGCUUCGGUGCAGAACCAAGACCCUUGUGGUAAUCUUGCAUGUUCAUCCCUUCAGGAACAAUCUGGAUUUCUCAGCAAGCCUCAGGAUCUAUUGCCAAACAAGAAGCCACCGCCUGUUUCAAAGAAACCCAAACUGUUCCUGUUUGUGCCACCCCCACAGCCUGAUGUUACAACGGAGAAAAUAGCUGUGGGUGAAACAGCAAGAAGCAUUCCAAGUACAACUAUGAAGGAUGCUGAAAUUGCAUGGUACAGCCAGGUUGACAAUUCUACUACAGAUGGAUUUGGUUCCUAUGAAAUGGAGUCUAGCGAUCCGGUCCCCGAAGGAGGAGCUGCGAGUCCUACCUCCUGUGAAAGCAGGGUCUCUAUUCUGCAGCCCCGGCAGGAGGAGCCGGUUUCUUCCUGUGAGCGAAGCAGUCCAGACAGAAAUGUAGACAGCAUCUCUGGAGCAGAGAAGCAGUUUUCUCAAGGGGAUGAAAGUUCUGAAGCGAUUGAAGCAGAUGCAGCAACCAGCUUUUUGCUACAGAGCCCAAGCCAUGGGGAAGGCAGUGAGAUAAUGGCAGUGCCAAGUCGACCAAGGACAACUGAGGAUCUUUUUGCAGCCAUUCACAGAUCCAAAAGGAAAAUCCUUGGCCGCAAAGAUUCUGAGGAUGAUCACGCUCCAAAUCAUUCUCCAUCGCCCCCAGUCACACCUACUGGUUCUUCCCCAAACUUGCCUUCCCUGAGGCAGGCAGGAUCAAUUCAGAGAAAUAUUCGCAAGAGCAGCACCAGCAACGACAACUUCAAAGCAUUGCUUCUUAAAAAAGGGAGCCGUUCAGACACCAGUUCUCGUAUGUCAGCAGCCGAGAUGCUAAAGAAUACAGACCCAAGAUUUCAAAGGGCUAGAGUAGAUUCUACCGGAGAGCUGAGUGAGAGCAUGGUGGCUUCUCCUACCAAGACCAAAAGGCCACAGGAGGAAUGGGCCAAGAGUGAAGGCCUGAUGCCGAGGAGUCUGUCUCUAUCCAGCACAAGAUACGGCAGAUCUCGAACCCCACCCUCUGCUGCAAGUAGCAAGUAUAGCGCUCGAAACCGGAUCCAGAGUAGCCCUAUGACGGUCAUCUGUGAGGGUGAUGUAGAAGUAGUUGAAUCUGGAGAAAGUAGAACUCGCAGGUUUUCAGAAGAGGAACCGCCUGAUGUAUUUGAGAGUGAUGAUGCAGAUUUUAAUGAAAAUAGAGAUUCUACUGAGGAUGACAACAUGCUCAUGGACUUGUUAUCUUAAUGGGUAACACAGAAUGCCCUUCAUUUUUAUAUAUAUAUAUAUUAUCAUUUAAACUAAAAAAAGUUUAAAUGAGAUUUAAAAGGCUAGACUUUCAUAUGUAACAAAUAAGGCACCGAGUCUAAGUAAAAUUUAGGGUGAAUUUGUGUAUGGGAUGCUGUUUAGAUGAUGCAAUACUGAUAUUCUGUUCAGCAUAAUUGGGUUGACUUUUUUGUUUGGAAGACACUAGUAACCAGACCUCUCCAUUAAAGCCUUAAUAACAACAAUAAUAGUAAUGACAGUUCUUGGAUUCUAGUUUGAGCAUGUUUUUUCUUUUUCUUUUUUGAGGGUGUAAAAAACUAAGUAAGCCUGCAAAAAAAAACAAAAAACGGGAAGCUUCUGUGGUACAGGUGAAAGUAAGUUUUUAAGUAUUAUAUUUAUAAAACCUAGUAAACUUUCAGCAGGGACUAUUGGAAAGGAAUGUGCAGCCUAUUAGUUAGCAGGACUGGCAUUGUCCCACUGCUGCUUCUGAUGUGAUCUGUGAUCUCCUCUUAUGAUUUAACCAUGUCUUAAUAAUAUAACAAGAGUUUGGGUUAAAUUUUGAAAGUUCCAACUGGGGAAAAAGAAACACUUGUGAUACAGGAGUGACUGCUGUGCAGCCAUGUUACAAUCCAUUUGCUUGGUUUUCAGAAGCCAUUUAUUCUCUGUGGUUUCUCUGAAUAAAGUUUGAGGUAUUCUUUUGGAGACCUAAAAUAAAUAGUUGCAGGCUUAUAAUGGGGAUGUAGAUAGAUUCAGGGGAAACAUAAUAAGCAGCCAUUAAUGUUUUGAUUUUAAAAUAAAUGCAACAUUGGAAAAGAUACACCAUAGAACUGUGAAGAAUACGUUUUCCUUUUCUAUUAAACUGUGUGGAAUUGUAUUGUUGUCAACUUUUGUCAAAAGGGAGAAGAGCUUUGAAUAACAUAUCACUUGAAAGUUUCAACAGUAACUGUCUUUUUGUUACCAAAGAGUGCACUACAAUUACUUUUACUUUUUAGGAAUAGCCAGCAUUUCCUCCUUCUAGGGAAAUAACAUUUGCUCAUUUAGAAGACUUAACAUUUAUUAAGAAUUUAUCAUUGAUUUACAAAAUAACAUUUUCUUCCUUGUAGAGAAAACUACAGACAAAAUAACUGCAGUUUUGCUCACAGUUUUGUAAAGAAACUUUUAAUUUUUGAAAAGGAAUUUUGCAUAAGUUGAUAGUCUGUAAGGUUUUUAUAAUAUUUGUACAUAAUGGAAGUUCUUAAGGUAAUUCUUGUUUUCUCAGAGUUUGGAAUUUUUACAUUUUUAGAUGUUAAGAAAAAUCCUGUAUGUAGAUAAUUUAUUUUGAUGAAAAACACUUGACUCCCUUUUUGCCCUCCAUCUCUAUAUUGUUAAUACUGUAAAUUUCAGGGGUCUUCAUUCAACUGAAGAUGGAGACAGUGCUGUGAUUCUGCUUUAAUAAACAAGGCUGCCAUUUGUCAUUUUGUGACUCAAAUUAAUGACCAUUCUGUUUCCAUGCAUCUCCUUAAAUGAGCAUUAGCAAAGGAUCAUAUUGGGAAAUCCAGAUGCUAUCAUUAAAAU